GAGGCUUUCCUGUCACUGGAUACUACUACUCCCAGCCCUCCUCGAAGCCGCCGGAGCAAUCCGCAGGUCUUUAGUUUACAAGUAGCAAUUUGACUUGCUUUGCUGCAUGUCAAGAGGGACCGUGGAAAGUGUGGAGACGCCCCGGGGAUUAAGCGAUCGCAGCUUAAAAAGAAAAAAAGCCAAACAAAUAAACAAAACCCACCCACCCUAACAAACAUGAGGCUGCUGGAGAGAAUGAGGAAAGAAUGGUUCAUGAUUGGAAUAGUGCUGGCGAUCGCCGGAGCUAAGCUGAAGCCGUCCGUAGGGGUGAAUGGGGGACCACUGAAGCCAGAAAUAACUGUCUCCUACAUUGCUGUUGCAACAAUAUUCUUUAACAGUGGACUGUCAUUAAAAACAGAGGAGCUGACGAGUGCUUUGGUGCAUAUCAGACUGCAUCUUUUCAUUCAGAUCUUUACACUUGCAUUCUUCCCAGCAACAAUAUGGCUUUUUCUUCAGCUCUUAUCAAUCACACCCAUCAAUGAAUGGCUUUUAAAAGGUUUGCAGACUGUAGGCUGCAUGCCUCCCCCUGUGUCUUCUGCAGUGAUUUUAACCAAGGCAGUUGGUGGAAAUGAGGCAGCUGCAAUAUUUAAUUCAGCCUUUGGAAGUUUUUUGGGCAUCGUUAUAACACCCGUACUACUGCUGCUUUUUCUUGGCUCAUCCUCUUCUGUGCCUUUUACAUCUAUUUUUUCUCAGCUUUUUAUGACUGUUGUGGUUCCUCUCAUCAUUGGACAGAUUGUCCGAAGAUACAUCAAGGACUGGCUUGAAAGAACAAAACCUCCUUUUGGUGCUGUCAGCAGCUGUGUGCUGCUCAUGAUCAUCUACACAACGUUCUGUGACACGUUCUCUAACCCAAAUAUCGACCUGGAUAAAUUCAGCCUUGUUCUCGUAUUGUUUAUCAUAUUUUCUAUCCAGCUGAGCUUUAUGUUUUUAACCUUCAUCUCUUCAACAAGGAAUAAUUCGGGUUUCACACCAGCAGACACUGUGGCUAUCAUUUUCUGUUCUACACACAAAUCCCUCACACUGGGAAUUCCAAUGCUGAAGAUCGUGUUUGCAGGCCAUGAGCACCUCUCUUUGAUAUCCGUUCCCUUGCUCAUCUACCACCCGGUUCAGAUCCUCCUGGGAAGUGUGUUGGUGCCAACAAUAAAGUCCUGGAUGGUGUCGAGGCAGAAGGGAGUAAAGUUGACGAGGCCAACAGUAUAACGAAGGAAGCACUUGUCGUGCGGCGAUGUAUAUAUGUACAGGAUUGUACAUACACUUCUGAAGACUUGUACUUGUGAAUGUUGCUUCGAUGCAUAUUUUAUUUUUUUACACAAAAUUAUGAUAUAACUGUUUAAGUGCCUUAAAAUGGAUUUGACAAGAGCGUUAUUUCCAAAACCUACUUUGUUGGUUACUGCCAGGGAUGGUACGUAUUUAGGAGUUGUUUAAUUUUUUUUGCCCCUGAUGCAGGCAGCAGUCAUCGUAAGUGACAAAAGCAAACAUGCUUUCCUCCUCCCACCUUUGUGCAAGACAACUUUAUAAUAGUUACUGUACUGUUUGCAGUGAGGUCACCCCAUCAGAAGAAUGCCCUUCUGAUGACAGUGAAAAUUUCCAAAGUCUUAUUCACAAAUACUUUGAUUUACUGUGUGAUUCAUUUUUUCUGUGACUGUGACAUGCCACUUCCUUAUCAGCUCAGCAGGGGUCACUGAAUAGGUGCUGGAAAGCAUACGUUAAUAUGCGCUUCUUGACAUCAUUUUUUUAGAGACAUUCCUUCAAAUGCUUUCCAGACAGAAAUUCCUCAGUUCCAUUAUAAGAGAUUAUGGUAUUAUAAGUCUUAAAUUUAUUAUAAGCUGCUUCAAAGAAAGAGCCUGAUGUUUGAGUUAUGAAUAAAGUAAGUGAAGUUUUGAGGUAAAGUACAGGAUUUGGUUUUCAGGAGUUUUAAAAUUAUAUUUCGUAUGUUUUUCCUUUUUCUUCCAUAAUUGCUUUCUUUCCUGUUUUCCAACAUACUUUCAAACUUGUAACAGCCAAAUGUGAGACACAAAACUGUUAUAAUCAGUUUGAGAGCAUCGACAAUUAAUGAUGGAUUAUAUUCACAUUCUGCAAUUGAGACCAAAAAUUUUUUUCCUUUUACAUAAAUGUGCUGAGCACAAAUUGCCCCUUUCCGCCAGAAGCAGCCUGUUACAUCCUUGAAUUAAGCACACUUAAGGUAUUUGAGACAAGUUAUUAAUGAGAAUUUCCUUGGCAGAUUUGACAAAUGUUUGCAACAUUUUUUAAAAAAAUUAAAUCAUGUUGCUCUGAUGAAUAAUGGAAAUAUAAAGGUCAUAGAUGCAAACAAAUAUUACACAUACACAUUCUGUCUAGCCAAAUGAAAAAAAAACUGGCACAGAAAAUGCAAAACCAUUCAUUAACUAAAAUAUCAAGUAAAAUCAGUUUUCAAAGGAGUAUCCAAAAUUUGCUUCUGCUGUGUCUGGAAGAGCUUUCAGUGGACCAAAAUAGAGACUAAAGCAAUAUAUAGAAUUUAGGGGCACUUUUUCUCUGUGUCCUGCAUACUAUUCUGUCACAUCCUGUCUACUUGUCUUUCUUGAUCUGACAGACGAUAUUGGUGUCCUGGGUCACUCUGAGGCCACACUCUGUCCUUAGCAGCUCUUUUGUUGUGGCUUUGUCGACAAUAAAAAAAAAUCAUUCCUUAGAAACUUACCAAGUUUAUCAAUAGUGUUAAUUUAUAUUAUUGUUACUAUCAGGUCUCAUCUUGUGUUACUUCUGACUCAUUUCAGUGUCACUGGACCUCAAAAAUUUCAAAAGAAUUAUCCUCACUGUCAAUUCUAAAGCGGGUGCCAGACCCUGCAAAAAUCUAUGCUAAACAGGCUGUUUGUCAAGAAUUUCUGCUGUUGAGAAUUUCACUUGUGUCUAAAACUGCAGUGAUUUUGCUUGAUGCUUUGGAUGCUUACAUAUGAAGUGCAGAAAGAUUUUCAUGUUUUGUUCCUAUAAACUUCUUUGAAUUUCAGAGUAAGUGAAAUUGUCUGUCUGUCUGUCUGAGCUAUCAUAAAAGCUAGCAUUAGAAUACUGAAUUGAUUGUUUUUCCCCCAACUUAUCUACCUCUAUUAUCAAACACCUAUAGUAGGUGUGUGAGUAUGGGAUAAAAUUCAACUGAAAAUGCUAUAACAUUUUAUCUUUUGCUUUAAGAAUGUGUUUUGUUUUCAAAUAGUCGUCUUUACCUGGUGAAUUUUGGUGGCUUUUGUGAUAUGUUUAUGCCUAUUUUUUAACACAAAGUCUAUGGCAUAUUUUUCCAUAAAGAACAAAAAAUAAAAUCAAAAUUUAUUUUUAAUUCAUGCUUAUUGGGAAUUAAUUAUUUGUAUCUUAAAAUACUUUAUUAUGUGUAUGCACUCUCAAGCUAUCUGUUUUACACAUUUGUUUUGUCUAAAUGUAUUUAUGAAAGAAAUACAUUAGAUUAUAUUUAUGUUUACUCUU